CAUCCGCCGGACGUCGGCGCCCCUCCGCCGCCUCCCCCGUCUUCCACGCAAUCCCAUCCGUCUGAUCCUUCACCGACGGCGCAGAAAUCCGUCAACUGGAGUAGCGAUCACGCCAGCGAUGGCCCUCCCUCUGCAGCCGGCCCCGCCGCCGCCGUCGCCACCAAGAUGCCGCCGGAAUCCAAUCCUUACGUCACUCCUUCCCCCGCCCCCUCCUCUUCCACCAUGAAUACGAUGGAGACGGUGCGCAAUGUGUUCCCGAGUUGGGGGAAGAAGAUUGGAGAAGCGGCGAAGAGGGCCGAGGAUCUGUCAAAGAAUACUUGGCAGCAUCUGAAAACAGGACCUAGUUUUGCUGAAGCUGCCAUGGGGAGGAUUGCUCAAGGAACCAAGGUCAUAGAAGAAGGUGGUUAUGAGAAGAUAUUUCGUCAAACUUUUGACACAGUUCCAGAAGAACAACUUAUGAAGUCUUAUGCAUGCGAUCUUUCAACGUCUGCUGGUCCAGUUAUGGGAAUUUUGUAUCUCUCUACUGCUAAACUUGCAUUUUGUAGCGACAAUCCUCUUUCCUACAAGGUUGGAGACCGAACUGAAUGGAGCUAUUACAAGGUGGUAAUUCCUUUGCAUCGGCUAAGAGAAGCUAAUCCUUCGGUGAACAAAGUGAAUCCCGGAGAAAAAUACAUUCAGGUCGUCUCCACUGACAACCAAGAAUUUUGGUUCAUGGGUUUUGUAAACUAUGAUGGUGCUGCAAAGAGCCUACAGGAAGCUGUGCAGGCUGCGCAUAUCUUGCAACUUAGAGAUGGCAGUGGGAUUUGGUCCUUUUGGAUUUUUACAUGUCAGCUCUUCCCCGAGGAAUCUAUUUGCAAUAGAUAUUAUGAUUUAUUAACAAGCAGUUUCUGCUUACAUGAUUUACUCUCCUGUCUCAUAUACCCACCCAUUGAGGCAGUAUUUUUAGGUAUUCAAUUUGUAUCUUAAUGAGGUGGUGUUAUUGUUUGAUCACCUGGCAAACAGUUACCUUUGUCUUGGUUAGACACUCAUUCUUGCAAAGUGCGCCUUGAGUACUCUAUCUUCAUGUUGGAUAUUUUGUUUUUGCUUA